AUGAACAACUUGAAUGACCCCCGUAGGCAGAACAUUGGACCUGACGCCAGAGGAAAUUGCGCGGGGGGCGCUGAUGGGAACCCGUGGAAAUAUGCCCCUGUAUUCUAUAUGCUGGGACUGGCUGCAUUUCGUUGGAUCUGGGACAAAAAGUCUCAGAGAGAGAUCCAGAAGGUCAAAGCCGAGCACAAGGAGGAGGUGUACAAAAUAAAACGUAGCACGGAGGCAGAGACCCGGCAGCUCCUGAAUCAUGCCCUGGACCAGGAGGAAAACUGGCACCAGCAGGCCACCACUGCUCUAGAUGAACUAGAAGAUCAGCUUGUGGAGCGGCAGCAUGUCUACUGCUCCUACACCCAACUUCGAGAACAUCGGCUAAAGAUGGAGCAAAAAAUGAGGCUUAAAGUCACCGAAAAACCACUCAGGGGACAACUGUAUCUAGAGUCGGAUCUAGAAGACAUUUUUCAGAGAGAUACGCACUGUGCGGACCUGCAAAACAUGAACAAGAGGAGGAAUGGAAGUCUCAUGUGGUUGUAUCUCAGGUUCUGGCGACGGCAGGUCACUUUGCAGAAACACAGGAGAGCUGAGGCAGCCUUUCUAGAAGGGAAGGGAUAA